AUGACUUCUAUUCUUCCAAAUUUGGUUACAGAACUGGAACGCCUGUCCUUAGGAAGAGACAAAGAUGCCCCCCGCAGAGAUUUCGAAAACACAAUCGAGGACCCGGUCGGAUUCAGCUCUUUCUACCUCAAGGAGCGCCCGCCAACUACUAUCUCCACAGAUGAAUUCGUCAACGAAUGUUUGAAUCCAAAGUUGGACCAAACACAUCAAGAACUUCUUAUCGAAGAAAAUCAUGAGUACUUCGCAAAAGCUCAACGCUUCUGCGACCGCUGGAAUCUUCCCGAACAAAAUUCCGAUAACUUCAAAAGGCUUCUCCGAGGAAACCUGCUUUUCCCAGUCUUGUUACUGAUCAAUCCCUGCAACUUCCACGAUGAGGACUACGACCAAAUGCUUGAGCACUCUCCCACCCUCGACUGGCUGAGUUGGUUUUUCACCAGUAUAGGCCUUUCGCUGGACGACAUUGUCAUCAUUGACAUUAUUCCUCUCCUGAGUAAAGCGAAACGCAAUACUAUGACCUUCGAAGAACUGUCAAAAGCCAUCCCCGAAGCCUUCGAUCUGGCAAUCGAAUUUCUCGACAUUUUCAAGCCAAACGCAAUAAUUUCUUGUCAAUGCUUGACCAAAGGCCAGCUCGACGAGACUUGGGGCCGCUUCGACCAUCCCAUUGCACGCGACCUUUGCUCAUCAGUGGACGGCGCUUGUCGUUUGGAAGUGCGGCGGUUGACGAUUCGUUCUCGCCAGGUCCACGUUGUGAAAGGCUUUCAUCCAUGCUAUUUCCUCAGAGAACCAGAUGCUUCAAUAUCGGACCAGCGCGAGGACCUUCUUUGUCAAGUGUUGCGAAAAUCUUACCAACCGUGUGCAGACUGGAAGUUGCGGAUCAAGAAAGACAUGGCACGCCAGCAGCUUACUGAGGCCAGCAACCGUGUUAAAGAGGGAUUGAUCGCUUUCUUUGAUAUACUCCGACCAUACAAAGAGGCCAAGGAGGAAGCAGCUGGUUAUGGUAUCUCUCUAGAUGAGGACGAUCUUGCAGAGGACCCAGAUGUGGAGCUUCUUGUCCGCCAGUUAGUUGAGUUUUUAUAG